ACAAAACGUGCGUGACGCAUGUGCUGAUGAUUCAUCUGGCCUUCGUUCAAUAGAACGUCUCUAUAUUUCGUUUUGAUGACUAGCAGAUCAUAAGAAAGCUAAGGCAUCUUCAAGGACAAACAGCCGUAACAUUAUUGUAGACUGGUACUACUUCCAGCAGUUUUUCCACAUAUUUCUCAAAUCUCCAUAUAUAUCAUAUAUGUUGGUCAAGUGAGUUUAGUUGAGGGUGAGAAAUAUUAUCAAUUAAAGGAAAAAUGGAGGAUGGUCAGAGCAAAAUCCACUUAUUAGAGAAAGUAUACUAUGAAGGUUGUCCUGGAUGUAAGAUCGAAAAGCGAAAAGAUACUCAAGAGGAAAUUCCAUGGAAGACUCUGAUUAGCAUUUGGAUUAUCGUGCUUUGCAAUGCGCUGCCGAUAUCUUCGCUCUUUCCAUUCCUUUACUUUAUGAUUAGGGAUUUCCAUAUAGCUGAGCGAGAGGAAGAUGUAGGAUAUUAUGCUGGUUUUGUUGGAUCUGCUUUCAUGCUUGGAAGGGCUUUGACUUCUAUUUUCUGGGGAAUGCUUGCAGAUCGAUAUGGUCGAAAGCCUAUUAUCAUUAUAGGAACUAUAGCUGUGGUAAUUUUCAACACAAUGUUUGGAUUGAGUGUAAAUUUCUGGAUGGCAAUUUCCGCGAGAUUUCUUUUAGGAAGCUUAUGUGGAUUGCUUGGGCCAGCAAAGGCAUAUAUAUCUGAGAUUUGUCGGGAAGAACAUCAGGCUGUAGGCAUGUCCAUGAUUACAUCUGCUUGGGGCAUAGGAUUGAUUAUUGGGCCAGCCCUUGGAGGUUUACUUGCUCAGCCUGCAGAAAAAUAUCCCCAUAUAUUCUCUAAAGAGUCAUUGUUUGGAAGAUUUCCAUACUUAUUGCCCUGCCUUUUCAUCUCUAUUUUUGCGACGAUAGUAACUAUCAGUGCAUUUUGGCUUCCGGAGUCAUUGCACAUGCACAAAUCAAAGAAUACACCAGGGGAUGAAUCAUAUGAAGAACUGGAAGCUGCAAGUCGCAAGACAUGUGAGGAGAGCAUUGGGAUUGAGGAUAAAGAAAGAGGAGUGAAUCCUGAGAAAAGCUUAUACAAAAAUUGGCCCCUGAUUUCCUCAAUCAUUGUGUAUUGUGUCUUUUCACUUCAUGAUAUGGCUUAUACUGAGAUAUUUUCGUUGUGGGCAGUUAGCCCAAGGAAAAUAGGGGGAUUAAGCUAUUCAUCAGAGGCCGUCGGCGUAAUUCUUUCUAUCACGGGUUUUGGAAUGUUGAUAAAUCAGCUCUUCUUAUAUCCAAGUUUUAGCAGAUACUUAGGCCCCGUUAUGGUAACUCGGAUUUGCGGGGUGUUAGCAAUACCUGUAUUACAGAGUUACCCUUUCAUAGCAUUGUUAUCAGGGCUAAGCCUUAGUAUCUUGUUAAAUUCUGCAUCUGCAAUCAAGAAUUGUUUAUCGAUGUGCAUCAUCACGAGCACAUUUAUUCUCCAAAACAGAGCUGUGGAGCAGCAUCAACGUGGAGCUGCUAACGGCAUUUCUAUGACUUUUAUGUCCCUUUUCAAAGCAAUUGGUCCAGCUUGUGGCGGUGCACUGUUGUCGUGGUCAGAGACGCGACAAGAUGUUGCUUUUCUCCCAAGCACCCAUAUGGUAUUCACCCUCCUCAACGUCGUCGAAAUAGUAGGAGUGUUGUUGACAUUAAAACCUUUUCUAGUGGAACGAAAGAACUAAUUUGUGCAAAGUUACUAAUGCCAUUAUAGACUUAUAAAUAGUCUCACACGGCAAUUUGAGGCUUGCAAAGUGCCAUCUUAGAGUGCAACAUUGUACUAAUAGAAAUUAAAAAUUCUUAGCUCAUUAGCGCAUCAAAGGAAUUUUUUUUUUGGUCUUUCUUAGAUUGGUAAGGAGAAGUGUUUUACUGGAAUAGAUGCUCACAAGUUAAUAUGUUAUGACGUACUCCGCUCGAAUGAGGCUGAGGAUAAUAGGAAUGCUUGUAUAUAAGGACAUAAUUCAUGUUCUGAUCUCCCUGCAGAGUUAAAUUAUUAUGUAAUUCCAUUUGUAUGUACUACUUUGUUUUAGCAAAUUUAUCAAAAACUACCAUAAAAUAUAAAAUCUUCUGAAAAACUACAUUCUAAAGAAAAUACUUCUUCUGUUGUUUAAAGGUUGCAACAUUCUGACUUUUGCUCUAUUCAUGUAUGACCUUUGACU